ACAUACGAUUUGCUACAGCUCUACUUGUAAAUGUAAAACAGCAAUUUAGAAUUAUACUGGUGUGGCACUUUCUAAUCUGAUUUACAAUUAAAUAGAAUUCUAUAUAAUUAAAUCUGGUAAAAAGAAAUCGUAGGCUAGUAGUUGUUCUAAAUUAUAUUUUAUUUAGAUAAAUAAAAAUAUGAGCCCGUUAGAAUUAUGGAACGACCGGUGUCUGGAACCUCCACCUAAUAACACAUUUCUCUGUAAUUACAGUAAUGAUUCUCGUCAUAUGUCCUUAAUGUGCAACAAUAUAAAAAAAGUGUUGUCAAAGCAGUUGCCACUUCAUAAGGAGGGUGCAUUGUUAUCUAGAUUUAUAUACAAAUUUGACAAAAAAUUUCGGAACGACAUAGGAUAUAGAAAUUUUAAGAAAGUUAAUACUGCUCUUCAUAAAUAUUUGUCAUUGAAUUUACUGAAAGAUAUUGAGAAUUUUGAUUCUUUACUUCCUAAAAACAAUGAAGAUAAUUAUUUACCAACCAAACAAAUGUUACAGUAUAUAUUAAUACGAAUAAUGACAUUUGCAAUGAUAAUGAAGAGGAUUUGCAUUUGUUCAAAGCAAGCAGCAGUAUAUUACAUGGACAGAUUGAAAAGAGGGGAGAGUUAUUGGAUGUCUCUUAUGCCAUUUGCACUUCUUAGCAGAAUUUGGUCAUUGAGUUUAAUCUUACUGCAACAUUGUUGUUCAUGGUAUUUAAAUCUAUACAACUAUCUUGAUAAAUUACAACUAAAAGGUGUAGAAUUUCUGCCUGCUGGAUAUUCAUUACCUAAGGAUUUGGGUCUGUGGCUAGAUAUUAAAAAUAUAGAUGAUGCUGGACGUUUUCAAUGGUUUUGUAAGAAAAAGAUUCAAGUUAAUUUCAAUUUCAGUGAAGAUGACAAUGACGAUGUGAACUUUGAUAGUAUUUUAGAUUUUGUUAAAGAAUUGAAUCAAGAUGAACAGCCACAACUUGAAAAUCCAAAUUCUUCAAAUGAUAAACUAAAACAAAAUGAUCUUUCAAAUCUAUCAAUUGAUAUAUCAACAAAAAAUAUAGAUAAAGGACAAUCAAUAUCAAGAGAAUAUUUCCAAACAUUUUUUAAUCAAUCAAAAGAAAGGAACAGCCAUUCUGCAGAGAAAGUGACAAAUAAACCAUCACUUGAAACAUUUAUUGCUAAUGAAGAAAAGUAUAGAAAUCAAGAGAGUAAUGAGUCAUUAACCAAACAUCUUAGUUUUAUGCAGUGGCAGAGUUUAAAAAACAGUUUGAUAAAGUUGAGUGAAUCAUUAUCUAAAAAUAGGAAAAUAGAAAUGAAAUUUAAAAAAAUAUGGAAGGAAAAGUGCCUUGACUGUGUGUAAAUAAAUGACUUGAAUACUAUAAAGUUGUAUUAAAUACAUACCAUAUUUAUUAUCUCUUUAUUUAACAUAAAUAUUUACAAUGUAAAUGUUAGAGCACCAUUUUAGAUACAUAUUGUAAUAAUCUUAUGUAAAUUUUAAAGAUCAGGUACAAUUAACAAACUAUAACCACAAUUAUGUAAUAAUAAUGAUCGGGAUGUUAUUAAAGUAACACUUUUAUAAACAUACAAACGUUUUCUUGCAACAAAAAAUAUAAUAUUGAGUUUAUACAUAAUAGUAAAUUACUUUAUUUGAAAUAACCAUUAACAAAAGAAAUGCAGAUCAAUGUUUUAAUUAGACUAUGGAGCUUUUUACAUCUACAAUUAGAAUAGUUGAUAAGCAGAUAUUCAACAAGUUCUUUUUAAUAAAGAAUAUAUAACUUGUUAUUCCAAAGCAACAUUAAUCAGAGUUGAAUAGGUAUUAAUUCCCAGUCCUGCUUGAUAAAUACCACAGCAAUUGAGACUCAUGGUUGUGGUAAAGCAAAGCAAUUUUUUUUUUACAAAACACUUGUAAAUGUAGUUGCAGUUACAUCACUAUCACGCCAUAUAUUCGACAGUGUUUCCUUAUAU